AUGGCUGAAGCUGCCAGGGCUGUGGGGGUGGCGUACGCGGUGGCUUCACAAUUUCGCCCUGGGCUGCGGGUCCCGCCGGUGACCGCACUGCUGCGGUGUUUAAGGCGCAUCGCCAUCCGAUAUCCCGACAAUCGCUCCGAAGGAACAAGGGAUAAACCAUCAGCAACCGGAGCCUCAACCGCGGCCGAGGCCUGGCAUCAAAAGGAUGAGAAGGAUGAAGAAGAUCAGGAAGCCUCCUCCAAAGACUCCAACGAUUGUUUGGAAGAGGAAGCUUCCUUCGAAGAACACUCCUCCGAGGAAGAGGAGGAGGAGGAUGAGGACUACGAUGACGAAGACGUCACGUACAGCGACAGCGACAACGAUGUCGGUGAGGAGAGCGAAAUGGACGAGGACCAAUACGUCUCGUACGGCGACAACGGCAACGAUUUCUGUGAGAAGGACAAGGAAGAGGAGGAUAAGGCUGGCCUGAUUACCGUCGGUCCUGUGUUUUUCUCCCUUUCAAUUUUAUCGCAGAUAACUGCAUCCUCAAUGAUUCUGUAA